AUGUUAAAAACUGAUGAUGGCGUUGAACUUUACAAGGACGACGAAAAGGCUGAGCAUCUGUCCAGGUUCCUUCAGUCGGUUUUUACGAGAGAAGUCGCUGUACCCAUUGAUCACUGUAAUGUGGACAAUGUCCCGACAAUUGACACAGUGGUUCUCACAAACGCUAUUGUUCAGCAAGAACUACUGAAGCUAAAAGAAGCGACAUCGCCCGGUGCUGAUGAAAUACCGGCAAAGUCGCUGAUGGAACUAGCCACAGAAUUGGCAAAACCUCCGUGUCUCCUCUUCCAAACCUCUCUUGAUGCAGGCAGACUGCCUCCUGAGUGGAAGACUGCGUGGAUUUCCCCGGUACAUAAAAGUGGCAGUCGAGCCUCCGCAAACAACUACCAACCGGUAAGCCUCACCUCCAUAUGCUGCAAAAUUAUGGAGCGAAGUAUCAAAUGCGAACUGAUGCGGUUUUUACGGCAACAUCAUCUUCUAUCUCAUGCACAGCAUGCCUUCCGCAUAGGAAGGCCCUGCUUGACCAAUCUACUCUAUUGUAUUGAACAGUGGACUCGAGCGAUUUGUGAAGGAAACGUAGUGCAUAUAGCCUAUAUAGACUUCAGUAAGGCCGUCGACAGCGUGCCACAACAACGUCCCUUUACAGGCUCAGCCGCAUAGGGUUAAGAGGCAAGCUUUUGAAGUGGAUCGAAAACUUUUUGAUUGUUCGGUCUCAAACUGUCUGUAAUGGUGGCCAGCAAUCGGCCGAAGUGACGGUUACAAGAGGAGGAUCUCAGGGCUCAGUUUUGGCCCUAUCCUCUUCCUCAUCUAUAUUGAUGUCUGCAUUCAUGGGUUGGACUGCGACAUUGCCAUGUUUGCUGACUAUAUAAAGCUUAGGACUGUCGUCCGCAACGAGGACGAUGAAGCAAAUCUACAGGCAAACUUAAACCGACUCGAACAAUGGUCACGCCAUUGGCUCCUCCCAUUUAAUGUUACCAAAUGCAACAUUCUGAGGAUUGGCAGAAUCAGCUAUGCGUAUCGGAAGACGUACUAUCUAAAUCACACCGCUGCCAGAGGUAGAGGUGCAGACGGAUCUAGGUGUGUGGGUACAAUCUUCACUAAAGCCAUCAUUCCACUGCUUGAAAGCAACGAAAUCCUCAAUGUCCAGCUUAUAUCUCACCAAGUGGGCAUUUGCGAAGUUCGACGAAGAGUGCUUUCGCGAAGUCUUCGGGAUGUUUGUGCGCCCACAGUUAGAAUUUGCCAUUCAGGCCUGGAGGUCAUAAAAACCAACCUUACGAAACUAGACUGUCCAAUCUUGACCUCGUUCCCCUGGACUACAGACAACUACGUGGCGACUUAAUUCAAACGUUUCGAAUGCUACGGGGCCAGGAUUGCUGCCUCGCAUCCGGCGACUUCUAUGAGCUUGCCAGCACAACUAGCUUGAGAGGACAUCCUCCGAAACUACGUGUGACAGGGACGAGACUGGACGCAAGGGGGUCCUUCUUCAGCCACAGAGUGUUAAAGGUAUGGAAUGCCCCGCCUGUGGACGUCGUUAUGUCCUCAUUCUUGGACACAUUUAAGAGGAAACUUAACCAGUACAGGGAUAGGUACCUCCACGGCAUCAGAAACCAACAAAUUUCUCCCCUGCACCACACCCCCCCCCAAAGUUUUAUUUUACAAAGCAUGUUGUUCCCUAUAUUUAAGUAGCAUUAUUUUAUGAUUUUUCGUUAUCUCCUGGCCGAAGCAUAUGCGCUUGCUUGGAUAUUACUUGGUCCAUUCAAUACCGCGUACUGGUUAUUGUACAAUUUCGGCAUAGAAGGCAUUCACAGACAAGUUUAUACCAGUAAUCAAUGCUUGUUGUAUGCAAUUACUUACACAAUUUUCUUUGACACUUGCCUUACACAUUAUUUUUAUGAUGCUAUCUUAACCAAAAGGGAGUUCAAAGACGCUCGCCUACCUUUCGCUUAAUGAUUCUGAUCUGAUCUGAUCUGAAGCUUGUAGACAGGUCAAUUUUAUAUUGGCUUAUCGCGGAAAUAAUAAUAAUGAGCCCAUGAUCAACAUUAUUUGAGCAUAGAACGCCUAAUAAAAUUCCCAAAAUAUUGCUUCUCAAACAGUUAUGUAAAUCAGGCUUCGGUUGAAUGCUCAACGAACUCAAAUUUAAGCCACAACUGGGGCUCAACGGAUGUGCGCUGGAGGUGGGAGAGUAAAUUUAUGUUCUAGAAAUUGGGGCAGCAGUUUUAUCCGCUCAACUCCAGAGGUCAAUUGAAGUCGAUGCGCACUCGGACUCCCAAGCAUCCGAGAAAAUGGUGGCGUAAUGUGCAUGCGUAGGUCAAUUCGGUGACUGUAGUUAUAUUCCCAACAUCACCCUGACUACGUUUACCACACUCGUUACUUAAAACCCUGCUUCUAGUUCAGCCCCCAAACAGACGCAACCCUAAACAGGAUAAACUAGUCUUUUUCUACCAUUCUCAUCGUAUUAUUGUAGGGUGCAUCUACAUAGGUAAAACCAGCCGAAGAAUGAGAAUGUACAUGCCGGCCUGUCCGAAGUUAUAUUGAAAGUCUUUGGUACCCCGUAAUGCGCAGACGAGACGCCUCGUUAAAUUCGGCGAAGGUUGGUUGGAUCGAGGUCCAUGCAUCGGACAAGGCCUGAAUAUUAAGGACCUAGUCAGUCCUUCGCCACAUAAUAUUGCCUGCGUCCAAGCCGACUUUACAAAACUUCUUUAAAAAGGAAAAUCAGGGUAUGGGACCGCGAGGGUUACAUGUAUCGAAUACAGGUUAUGCAGACGGGAGCGGAACGAGGUACGUUUCGCAUCAACAUUCAGUAUUGGCAGAAACAAAGCACAUGCAGAACCCUUGCUACAUAACAGGUGCUAAGUUAGUGUGGCAAUCUGCAUCCGUGGUCUCCAGCAUGACUUUCUACCCGCACCUUCCCGUCCGUCUCCCGUUCCAAGUCAGUUCUCGGCCGGAGCCGCUCGAGACUCAGCUGUCAAUUGCCGCAACUCCCUCGCUGAUCCGGUGCCGACGUACACAACUUAG